AGUGGCUGAAUGAGGCAGGCACUUGGAGAGUGGGGUCAAGUUUUGCAGGAAUUCCUAACCCAUCCUGGAAGAGGUGGCUGCCAUCCAGUGUGGCCCAGGCGGCAUCGGCCUGGGGCCUGGACUCUCCACAUCAGUGCCUCCCUUCUGUGGCUCUUGACUGCUGUCUUCAAGGGCCCCCCAAAUAAGGUCUCACCCUCUCUCUCCUGGUCAGCUCCACUCUUGAAAUUGAAAUAGAGGCUGGAACUCACUGCACCCUAAAACUCAUGGGACCCAGGAUAGGGCCAAUGGGUGAGGAGCCCCAGAUGCCAGACAAGGACACCAAGGCCAUGAUGAGCACAGAAGACACACCUGGAGGCAAGGCCAGCCCAAACCCUCAGGACUUGCGACGAAGCGUGUUCUACAACAUCAAGUUCUUCGUCCUGUGCCACAGCCUGCUGCAGCUGGCGCAGCUCAUGAUCUCCGGCUACCUCAAGAGCUCCAUCUCCACGGUGGAGAAGCGCUUCGGCCUCUCCAGUCAGACCUCAGGGCUGCUGGCUGCCUUCAACGAGGUGGGGAACACAGCCCUGAUUGUGUUUGUGAGCUACUUUGGCAGCCGGGUCCACCGGCCCCGACUGAUCGGCUAUGGGGCUGUCCUUGUGGCUCUGGCAGGCCUGCUCAUGAGUCUCCCACACUUCAUCUCGGAGCCAUACCAUUACGACCGUGCCAGUCCCGUGGACAAGCCACAGGAUUUCGAGGCUUCUCUGUGCCAGACCAAAACCUUGGUCCCAGCCCCAACCCCCUCCAACAGCAGCUGUUCAAGUUACAUGGAGAGCCAACAUUUGGCUGUAGUGGGGAUAAUGUUCACAGCACAGACCCUGCUCGGCGUGGGCAGUGUGCCCAUUCAGCCCUUCGGCAUCUCCUACAUCGACGACUUUGCCCACAACAGCAAUUCGCCCCUCUACCUUGGGAUCCUGUUUGCAGUAACCAUGAUGGGACCAGGCAUGGCCUAUGGUCUGGGCGGCCUCAUGCUACGCCUUUAUGUAGACAUCGACCGGAUGCCAGAAGGUGGUAUCAGCCUGAACUCAAAAGACCCCCGAUGGGUGGGUGCCUGGUGGCUGGGCUUCCUCAUCUCCGCUGGUGCAGUGGCCCUGGCUGCUGUCCCCUACUUCUUCUUCCCCAGGGAGAUGCCCAAGGAGAAGCACGAGCUUCGCUUUCGGCGAAAGGUCUUGGCAGUCUCAGACUCACUUGUCAGCAAAGAUGAAGAGUCUCCUUCUGAGAAGCAGGAUGGCCUAGUCCAGAUUGCACCAGACCUGACUGUGAUCCAGUUCAUCAAAGUGUUCCCCAGGGUGCUGCUGCGGACCCUGCGCCACCCCAUCUUCCUGCUGGUGGUCCUGGCCCAGGUGUGCACGUCAUCCAUGGUGGCAGGCAUGGCCACCUUCCUGCCCAAGUUCCUGGAGCGCCAGUUUUCCGUCACGGCAUCCUACGCCAACCUGCUCAUCGGAGGCCUCACCAUCCCAUCGGCCAUCACGGGCAUCGUGGUCGGGGGCAUCGUGGUCAAGCGCCUCCACCUGGGCCCCAUGCGCUGUGGGGCCCUCUGCCUGCUGGGGGCGCUAUUCUGCCUAUUUCUCAGCCUGCCCCUCUUCUUCAUGGGCUGCCCUACCCACCAGAUUGUAGGUGUCACCCACCAGCCCCGCAACCUGACUGGACCAGAAUUGGUUCCAGCCUGCAGAGAGCGUUGCUCCUGUCCAUUGGAUGACUUUAACCCUGUCUGCGACCCCAGCACCCAUGUGGAGUACCUCACACCCUGCCAGGCAGGCUGCACAAGGCGGGUGUCCCAGGAGACUCUGGACAAAAGCCAGGUUUUCUACACCAACUGCAGCUGCGUGGUCGGGGGAGGCCCUGUGCCCGCGGGCUCCUGCGACUCGGCCUGCAGCCACCUGGUGCUGCCCUUCAUGUUCCUGGUCAGCCUGGGUGCGGCUCUGGCCAGUCUCACCCACACACCCUCCUUCAUGCUCAUCCUAAGGGGAGUGAAGAAAGAAGACAAGACACUAGCUGUGGGGAUCCAGUUCAUGCUCCUGAGAGUUUUGGCCUGGAUGCCCAGCCCAGUGAUUCACGGCAGCGCCAUCGACACCACCUGUGUGUACUGGGCCCAGAGCUGUGGGCGCCGGGCCGUUUGUCGCUACUAUGACCACGACCUCCUCCGAAACCGGUUUAUCGGCCUCCAGUUCUUCUUCAAGACAGGCUCCCUAGCCUGCUUCGCCUUAAUUUUGGCUAUUCUAAGGCAGCAGGACAAAGAGGAGAGGACCCAGGUUGCCGUAUCCAUCCCUGGCCUACAGCAGCAGCAGCCAUUAGUGUCAGGGCCAGAAAAGAAGCCUGAGGAAUACACAGCGUGAGCUGGUCCUAGUGUGGCAGCCACUGGGGGUACCUCCUCUGGGCUCUUUGCCCACUAUUGGGUGUCAGGAACCCUUAUUUCCAAUUCUGACUCCUCUGAUAACUUGCUAUUGAUUUUGGGCAAGUUUGACCCUCUCUGGGCCUUGUGACUCAUCUGAACCAAAGAGUUGUCUAGGGGGUUGGUGUGUUGGCCACUUCUAAUGCAAGAUGGUCUUCCCCCUCCCUCCCCAUCCUGACAGGCUGACCUGAAACCAGGCUUUCCUGGUGGAAGAACUGCAUAUUUCUCCCAGGCCCUAAGAUAGAGAAGUAGACAACAGUAGGCCAGGCUGCCCUGCACACCUGGUCCCAGCCUAGCUUUGCCUCUGACCUGGAGCACCCUCGCUGGGCCUCAGCUACCAUCUCUGUCAGAUGGAAAUGGACUUGGCAGCUUUCAGGCCCCUUCCAGCAAUGACCAUCUGUGUGGACUCAGGCCUCCUCCCCAGCCCCACUCAGCCUGGAGGUGGGGCCAGGACCGCCUCUGUCAAGAAGUGUCCAUUUGGCGCCCCCUGGAGGCAGAGCCAUGAGCUCUGAGGGGGACCCACUAGGGAGGGAGCUGGCCUCACAGAACAUCCAGGCUGGUCAGGGCCUUCAGCAGCCCUGGGGAGCUCAGCUGAGGGGGAGGCUCACUCUCUGGACUCAGGAAGUCCUAGUCCUUGCCCUCAGGGAGCCACAGUCUGGGUGAGGCCUAGUCUCUGUCUUAGGGGCUCCAGUAGGGAGGGAGACCCAGGUCCCACACAUGGGCAUUUUCUGACUUCAAAGACCAAACGCACUCUGCACACAUUCAUCGGUACUUUUGUAUUGCCAAGAUUUCACACUUCUGACCAGGGGCCACCAAACUCACUGUUACUUUUGUGACUAGAGCCUAAUUUCACCAUUUCCAUCCUGGUGCCUGACUCUGUGUGGACUGGGGCUAUGUAGAUGUCAGUUCUGUUAUAAGCAUGUUUUAGGGGUAAUAUCUGGUUCUCUGUGAUGUCUGAGUUACUGUAAGGACCUGUUCUUUGUAAGACCCAGGCCUGUAAGGCUGGGAGUUGUUAAUGUCGGGCUCUAUGAAUGAGUGGGUCUGUGGAAAGCUUGCUCUGAACCACUGGUCCUUAUCUUCAGCGGCCUUGCGUUGUUUUAUGGCCAAUCUUAUCUCCCUGAGAAGGAGAGUUUCCCCCAUCUACUCCAGCGCAUUCUGUUGCCACCACACACCUGACCUGGCUGGGACCUGAUGCUUGGGAGGCAAGAGAUCUGUCAACAGCAGCUUCCAGAGCCCUGUGCUGGAGGCAGGGGAGAAGCUGGGGGCAGGAGUGGGGCAGGAGUGGGGCACGAGGGCCAUGAGGCUCUGAGCCUCUGAGCAGCUCCCUGUGGCAGGGCUUUGAGGCUCUCCCAUGUGAAAGAAGAGGAGGAGGAAGGUACAGAAGUUCUAACUCCCAUUUGGACUCUAUUGGUUGAUAUCUUUAAAUGUUUAACAUAUAUCUGAGCCUGUAUUUAUCAAUGCCAAGAAUUUCAAAGUCUUCUCCAAUAAGAGGAGGCUGUUCAUAUGUUUAUAUUCCUUUUCCCAGUUUUUUCAGAAAUAAUCUGGAGUUAUAGAUACAGUUUAUUAUUAAGUUUGCUCUUGCAUAAUGUCUCUUGAAUUACAAAAUUCCUUUCUUACAAAUUGCAUUAGAGUUUGCAACAACCACAUUACUUCUGGCUAUUCAGAUUUAAGUUUUACUGGAUUCAUUAGUCACUAUUAUUUCUUAUAUAUGACAUCUUUUCCUGCCUGCACAUUCUGGCCUAAUGUUCAUUUGACUGGGUUACUUCCUCCAGUAACGAUUUGAGAAAUGGAAUCAGGUCAUGACGUUUCUGAGUCUUCACCUGUCCAAACUGCCACUCAAGUUUUACAGAAGGGGAAACAGUUCAGAAAAUAUAGGCAACUACUUGCCCAAGAUCAGACAGAACAUAGUGGUGAAGCCAGAGUUUUGUGGGAAUUGAAGCUUAUAAUCUUAGGGGAGUCCUCUUUAAAAGAAAAAGGACACACAAUUGGUAAGAAAGCAAAUAUUUACCUAUAAUGAGAAAAAGAAAUAAAAAAAUACAUCACACAAUUCAGGAAAAUAGCAUAUAUUUUACUAACUCUUGUGCACACCUCUAAAAUACAUUCCCCCCACUGACAAUUGGAAGGAUUUUCUGCAGUCUCGCUCUGGUGAUGUCAUUGCAAAUCUGUUUCUCCUUUGGUGCCCAUGUACUCCCAGGGCCAGGCAGCAUAAAAUACAUUCGUGUCAUGAGAUGACCUCCGGAUAUGACACCUUGGUGUCACAAUGCUGAGUGAGUUGGACAGAGAGUAGGAAGCUUCCUAGACACCGUUCCCUACACAGAGGUUGCUAGCAAUGAUUUAUCUAUACACAGAGGUGACUGGGAAUCACAUAAAUAUAUCCCAGUGGGCCCAAAUUAAGUUGAUCCUCAUUCAUCUGCCCCUUAGCCAGAUCUCAGAAAUGCCUAUGGCCCCUCCAACUACCUCACAUAAAGAAAAACUGGGACACAAGUAGUAGGAGUAGAAAGAACUAACAAUCUUAACUGAUUGUGGUUAAAGCAUCUUACUUUUGCAAAUUUCCCAAGGAUAUGACAACUUUAACACACUGCAGAGGCCCCUUCCUGGGCCUGGGGAGAGAACCAGAUACUCAAGCAGCUUUAGCUUCAUGCUGAAUCCACCUCUGGGUCAAGCUGAGCUCUGAUGGAGAAAAUGAGAUCUUUCUGUUUAAAAUCUCCCAGGCUGGUUAGGGUAAGGAGGCUCCAGGGGUCAUCACAAGAGAGACAUGGGGCUGAGAGCCAGGGGUGGAGCAGGUCAGGGCUGGAGGGGUUCCCAGGGACUGAUGGAUUCCAGGGAGCCAUGCUCUUAUGGCCUCUGGCCAAGGAGAAGCCACAAGCAAUUGCAUCUGUGAGCUCACUUUCUUCUCACCUUGCCUCUGGAAACUGGGAGAAGGAUUCAGUCUCCAUGCAACUGUUUGACCAGUGGUAAAAUCUAGCAGUUUCUCCUGGGACCAGAGCAAACAUCUCGAUUCCUUUCCCAGAGGCCCCUUUGCCUGAAGCUGGGAGCCAGGAGCCAUGACUAGAGUGCAAAUAAAUGAAGAGCAAGAACCCACAGCACCUUCACCAUUCUUUGGCCAUGCUGACUACUCUCCCCCUAACAUGCCCAACAUGCGCACUUCCCACUACCUAGUAGGCUUCUUCAUCCCCACCCUACUGCUUGGCUCUCCAUCCUACCUCCUGAAGUUCUACCCAACCUUCCAGACUCAACUCAAAGGACACCACCUCUAGGGAGACCGCCUGGUAUAGAUAAUGGAGGGUGGAUGACAACCACCUUAGAGAAUCUGAUAAAAAGAUGUAUAUCCAUUAAAACUGCAGACAGUCAUAUAAACACUUGUGCAUUUGAUUUCUGAGGUUGGGGGCCAUCUGAAGUCUGGAUGUAGACCUCCAGCAGAGUGGAGUGAAAAGAACAGAGUUUUAGAGUCCAUGAGAUUUGGGUUCAAAUCCUGACUGCCACUUACACACAGUGUAACCCUGAACAAGUGAGUUAACUUCUCUGCAUCUGUUUCUUCACUUGUAAGAUGAGGCUGAUCCUUCUUCUCUCCUAUCUCCCAAAAGUUGUGAAGACCAAAUAAUAACAUACGGGCAGUGCA